CACACAGAGAGAGGGAGGGCAAGAGACCUCCACACACACACACACACACAGAGAGAGAGGGAAACAAAGAGGAAGAGGCCGACUGACUGACUGACUCUCUCUUUCUUUCUUCAUGUGGGGGAGGAGAGGGGGAGGAUUAACCGGCUCAUCUGCCGCACGCGCUAACACACACAACAGACCCACAUUUCAUUAACACACACACCGACAAACAAACACACACACACACACACACACGGACACAGCCGCGGCGCCGUAGAGCUUCAUCUGGAUCAGCAGCAUUACAGCAGCGGAUGAGACAAAGAGACGAGAGGACGGGAGGAGGAGAGACAUCUUCGCCGCGUGACGGGAGACAGGCAGAGAGAGAGAGACAGGUUACAUACAGACAGACAGGUUGCAGAGACACAGAGAGAGAGAGAGACAGGCCUUCUCCACCCCGGCGGCCCAUCUGUCUGUCUGUCUGAGCCGUGAUGGCGGUCCACAUGCUGACAGUCUGUGUGUUGUUGUAGGUGGGUGUGUUCACUGUGUGUGUGUGUGUGUGUGUGUGUGUGUGUGUGAGUGAGAGAUGGGAAACGCAGAGAGCAUGGAGAGCCAGCUGGCGGUGAUCCGGUCCAGAGCCGCUCCGGUCCGCCUGCCGAUGCCGGACCCGGCCGAGCUGGAGGAGAGGUUCUCCAUCGCCCUGAACUCUAUGAACUUGCCUCCCGACAAGGUGCGUCUGCUGCGUUCCUAUGACAACGAGAAGAAGUGGGAGCUGAUCUGUGAUCAGGAGAGGUUCCAGGUGAAGAACCCCCCCCACACCUACAUCCAGAAACUGAGAGGCUUCCUCGACCCGGCCGUCACCCGCAAGAAGUUCAGAAGAAGAGUUCAGGAGUCGACUCAGAUGCUUCGAGAACUUGAGAUCUCCCUUCGUACGAACCACAUCGGGUGGGUCAGAGAGUUUCUGAACGAGGAGAAUCGAGGUCUGGAUGUUCUGGUUGAGUAUUUGUCCUUUGCUCAGUACGCCGUCACGUUUGACGGCGAGCAGUCGGACGCCGGCGGCGACGUCUCGUCCAUCGACUCUCCCUGGAGUCGCUCCAUCGAAGAUCUCCAUGGCGACUGCAGCCUGCCGUCGCCCUCGGUUGCACGCGCCGCUCGCCAUUCCAUCAGCUCGGCGAUGGUAACUCGCUCCAACACUCUGCCGAGUCGGCGGACUUUGAAGAAUUCGCGACUCGUCUGUAAAAAAGACGACGUCCACGUCUGCGUCAUGUGCCUAAGAGCCAUCAUGAACUACCAGUGUCUCCUGUUGCCGGAUAACGGUUGCCAGGUGGCCUGUAUGCAGUUCAUCAACAUUGUGGUCCACUCGGUGGAGGACAUGAACUUCAGAGUCCACCUGCAGUAUGACUUCACCAAACUCUACCUGGACGAACACCUGGAGAGGCUAAAGCACACAGAGAGCGACCGGCUGCAGGUGCAGAUCCAGGCUUACCUGGACAACGUGUUUGACGUGGGGACGUUGCUGGAGGACGCAGAGACAAAGACAGCUGCUCUGGAACGAGUCGAAGAACUGGAGGAGAACCUGACAACGAUGUCGGAGCGUCUGCUGGACGUGGAGAACGAAGCGAUGCUGAAGAUCGUUGAACUGGAGAAACAACUGAUGCAGACCAACAAGGAGCUGGACCACAUCCGGGGCGUGUAUGCAAGCACCAGCUCCACGGUGACCACCCUGAGGAGGAUGGUGCGGGAGAAGGACCAGACCAUCCGGCGACAGACUCGUCUGGAGCGCCAGGCACAGGAGGCUCAGCAGGUGGGGGGGCCCGGAGCCCCACAGCCGCCCCGGGGGGAAGGAGACGGGGGAGUGGGGGAGUCCGCCUCACCCUCCCCCCCCCCCUGCCCCAACCUCUCCCCAAGUCCAGAGACCGUAGCCUAUCACAGCCUGGGACCAGGGAUGAUGGGCGGAGCUCCAGGGAUGCCGGCCCCGCCCCCUCCGCCUCCUCCACCACCAAUGCCAGGCACAGAGUUGUUCCCCAGCCCUCCAGCCAUGGCUCCUCCCCCGCCUCCCCCCCCUCCUCCCCCUCCCUGUCGGACCAACUCCUCCUCCCUCCCCAUGCCCCCCCCUCCCCCCCCUGUAGCCCCUCCCCUCCCAGGCCCGGGGGGGUCUCCCACCGUCAUCUUUAACUCCGGACUCGCAGAGGGACCUCUCAAGUUAUUCUCGGUGAAGAUCAAGAAGCCGAUCCAGACCAAGUUCCGGAUGCCGGUGCUGAACUGGGUUGCGCUGAAGCCGAGUCAGAUCAACGGGACGGUCUUCAACGACAUCGACGACGAGGCCAUCCUGCAGGAUCUGAACGUGGAGGAGUUUGAGGAGAUGUUUAAGACGAAGGCCCAGGGUCCGGCGGUGGACCUGACUCUGUCCCGGCAGAAAGUCCCUCAGAAGGCUCCGUCCAAAGUGUCUCUGCUGGACGCCAACCGGUCCAAAAACCUGGCCAUCACUCUGAGGAAGGCCGGCCAGGGGUCGGAGGUCAUCUGCCGCGCCAUCAACAACUUCGACCUGCGUGCCGUGCGCGUGGACUUCGUGGAGUGCCUGAUGCGGUUCCUGCCAACGGACGCCGAGGUGAAGUUGCUACGGCAAUACGAGCGGGACAGGAAGCCGGUGGAGGCGCUCAGCGACGAGGACCGCUUUAUGAUGCAGUUCAGCCGCAUCGAACGCCUCAACCAGCGCAUGACCAUCAUGGCCUUCAUGGGCAACUUCUCCGACAACGUGCAGAUGCUGACCCCGGUGAGAGACAGGUCCCUACGGAGAGGAGAAGAAGAGUUAGACCUCCAGGUCCCUACGGAGAGGAGAAGGAGAGUUAGACCUCCAAGUCCCUACAGUGAUGAUGUCACGUCCCCCUCCCAAAGGGGGGGCAAGCGCCAGCAGCAGGAGCUGCUCUCAGAGCUGAGACGCCGACAGGGGAAAGACAGUCGCCAUGUUUACGAAGGAAAGGAUGGAGCCAUCGAGGACAUCAUCACAGCUCUGAAGACCGUCCCCUUCACCGCCCGAUCGGCCAAACGCAGCUCUCGCUUCUUCUGUGAGCCCGCCCACUCUGAGGAGCAUUACUGAGACAUCGGACAGAAACAUGGGGGACAUUUCAUCUGAGACAGAGACAGGGCCUGAACCUAACACUGUCUCUCUGCUUGUUGUUUUCUUCUUCUUGACUUUGAACCGCACAAAAAGACAGGAAGAGGAUUCAGAAAAAGCAUUUCCUGUCUCACCUUCAUGAGGACACUAACCCCCCCGUUACCUUAACAACAAGUCCCAGUCAAACCAAACUCCAGUCACGAAUCGGACGAUUUUAGGAUUUUAGGUUUGGGUUGAAGCCGCCACGAAAGCUGGAGACAGACACCCGCAGACACACCUGGACACACCUGGAAAACCUGGAAACACCUGGAAAAUAUGGACACAUCUGGACACACCUGGACAACAUGGACACACCUGUAAAAUAUGGACACUACUGGACACACCUGGACACCCCUGGAAAACCUGGACACACCUGGACAACAUUGACACACCUGUAAAUUAUGGACACACCUGGACAUACCUGUAAAACAUGGACACACCGGUAAAACAUGGACACACCGGUAAAACAUGGACACAACUGGACACACCUGGAAAACCUGGAUACAUGUAAAACAUGAACACACCUGGAUACAUGUAAAACAUGAACACACCUGGACACACCUGUAAAACAUGGACACACUUGGACACAUCUGUAAAACAUGGACACACCUGUGAAACAUGGACACACCUGUAAAACAUGGACACACUUGUAAACAUGGACACACUUGUAAACAUGGACACACCUGGACACACCUGUAUACAUGGACACACCUGUAAAACAUGCACACACCUGGACACACCUGUAAAACAUGGACACACUUGGACACACCUGGACACACCUGUAAAACAUGGACACACCUGGACACAAC